AUGGCUGCUCAGAUAUACUCAAAGAACGACCUCCUCCGGAUGAGGCAAGCCCCGGCCGAAGUUGAAUUGCAAAAGAAUCUUCGGAACAAGUUGAAAGGCAAAGUAGAUUUGAACGACAUUGUCCGUGCUCCAGGCCGAGGCCACAGGAAACUUGGUCGCAUCCCUGAAGAACCUCGAGAAGUAUCUGUCGAGAAAGACUUGGCGUUGGCACCUACUUCUGUUCGCCAACUUGAUGGAACCGACUCAGAAUGGAAAUACCGUGGCAGGUCUGAUUCUGAGGAUGCUCAACCCCAGCCAAUUUCUGCCCCUCCAGGUCUAGUAGCCCAGAGAGACGAAGGCUUUCAGCGUUUCUACAGAGCAGUUGUCUCCCCAACACAUGUUCGGGUCACGGCUGGAGGCCGAAUUGUACCAAACAAUCGAGCCACCUUCUCUCCAAACCCAAAAUGGGUCAAAGACAAACCUAUGAGCGAUACUGCGCCUUCCCACCGUGUUGCUGUCCAGGGACAGACCGAGCACUCGUCCUUUCAGUUCCCUCACAUCCCCCUUGGCUCAAUGCCUCAGAUGUAUGCUGGUUUCGCUCCAGGUCCAGGAGUAGCAUCAGCACAACCCCCGUACACGUUCAUUCCGUGGCACAUGGGAAUGGGAAUGAGUAUGGGUGCCAACUUCGGAAUGCCGAUUGCCCCAACCCCAGGAGUUGGGGCCAAUCCAGCAUUGAAAAAGCAUCGAGAUGCAACGAGCAGCGAGCAGCAGAGCGAAUCUGGUGUCUUUGAGAAGGAAGUAUCUGCAGCUUCGCCUCUCGAUUUCUACGAUCACACUCGGUCAAUUCUUCUGAACAACCAGUGGAUGAUCCCACCUACCGCACCCUUCUACCCUGUCCCACUCGCACCAUCGCAAGGCUUCAACGGAAUGGCAAUUCAUGCACCUAGUGCAACUCCUGGAGGAGGAAAUAGAGACAUGGCUAAUGCUAAGAAGGCUGACCAGUCUAUGGAGAACAAAAGUUCUCAUCACCUGCCCUUCUCGAAAAUGGCGACAACGGGUACAGCUCCUCAACCCAAUAGCACAAGUCUUCCUAUUUCGUCUAUCCGUCCGAGCGAAAUUACAAGAAGGCACCUUGACAUUCUUCGAGCGCGCCUCAGGUAUCUGGAGGACCAGCUGCAAUUUAACAAGCAUCAAAUCGAUGAACGCGCCGUUGAAAAUGACGCUCAGUUAGCUCGUCAAUUCAUCCAGCAGUUCGAGACAAACUACGAAAUGCAAUUCAAUCUUGAGGAGUCAUUUUAUCCCAAGAUGAAGGAGAUCGAAACCCAACGUUCUUAUGACGCAGCAACCCCAAAGCCUUCAGAGAAUUUGAAUCACCAAAAUUUGGCACCCGCAAAUAAUUGUCGCUCAGGGUCUGACUAUGGCGCAUUCUACCAAGAUGCCUUGAACGGCGAGGCGAAAUUUCACUACGGAUCGCAAAACGCGUCGGAUUCUUCGCUGUACCGCCAAGCCCUCAGUGGAAAUCUAAAGCGCGAAAAGUCGGAAACUCGUUUCGGCUCAGGCAUUAAUUCCACAAAGUCGGUGUCUGCUUUUGCCGGAUCUCAGCCAUUGACCGGAUCUCUCAGAGGCUCUCGUUCGGGAAAUGAGAAGUCAAGAUUACCGCUCGAUGCUGCGCUAGCCCCCCCAUUUCAGCCUCGAUCCGAGACUAUGCUCCAGACCUAUAAUAAAACAUUCGUCAAUGCUGCUGGCGGUUUCGGAAAGCCCGGGAAUGGAGCUGAGACUGUGAACAACUCCGCGGCUUCUUUAUCGGGAGAAAGGGUUAGUUGGGAUGCCUUGUCAACUCCUUGCGUACAACAGGAAGACAGGGUGCCAUAUCUUGUUGGCCAUCUGCCUAAUGGCAUUGGAUUGGAUCGGGCACAGGUUACCGAUUUCACCUACGAACGUGAGCUGACAGAAGAUGAGCUUCGUGCUCGACAUAUGUACUGGGGUAAAGCUCCUCAUGACCUUCAAAAAGGUCUCCCCAAAUUCAAUGGCAAGGACUUUUACCCCCCUUCGCCGUUGAAGGAUCACAGCGCAGACAGCGCGGUAACUCGCAAAAUGCCAACUCAAGCAGGCAAGACAGCCAUGAGCACCCUUCAAGAGCAGGCUUUGGCCGCAGACCCUUUCAAGUUACUGGGUCAAUCGGGACAUUUGUUCUCUCGUGACGGUCCUGGAAAUUCCACGCAGUCAGAAUCGCUACCUGGACCUGAACACAAUCUUUUACGAGCCGCAGUAGCUGGCGCGCAUCACACUUGUGGAGGGGCCUUGAAGCGAGGAGGGAACAGUUAUGACGAGCUUGCAGCCAAAAAUCCUUUCAGGUUGUCUAAGUUGCCGAUCGUUGAUCCCAAGGAAAGCUCAUCUAGCGAUGAAUGUGACGAGGACAGAGAGUUACUCUUCAAAGGUCGGAAGGCCAUGCAGCAGGCCAAAACACAUAACCGCAUCUGGUCCAGCAUGCUCAACAAAGGAAACUCGAGUGCCGGCGCUGUUCCCGGUGCGGUUUCAACUACAACUGCGCAGGGGGUCUUGCCACAAUACGCUGGCCAUGCCACUGCCUCCCUCACACCAACUAUUGCCAACAACAGAGCCUCUUCACGGACUAAUAUGGCCAAGUCCAAUGACGCUUAUCAUGUCAAGACGAACGAUAUGCUGCAGGGGCAUCAAUCGGAGAAUUGCCCUCCUGGUUUCAACAACGCGGGCACCAAACGAUAG